AUGAAAGUGUCUACUAUUAUCUGUACCCUGACCACCGCUGGGCUGGUCGCAGCUAUCCCAGUCGAUCCUGACGUCCAUGACAAUGUUGUUCGGGAUGCCAUUCUCCCAGGCGGCGUUCAUGCUCGGGAUGCCAUCCUCCCAGGAGGUGUCCAUGCUCGAGAUGCUAUCGCCCCAGGCGGCGUCCAUGCUCGGGAUGCUAUUGCUCCAGGCGGCGUCCAUGCUCGGGAUGCCAUCCUCCCAGGCGGCGUUCAUGCUCGGGAUGCUAUUGCUCCAGGCGGUGUCCAUGCUCGGGAUGCCAUCCUCCCGGGCGGCGUUCACCUUCGGGAUGUGGUUCCUGACACCGACCUCAACAAGCUGGACCAUGUGGAUGCAAAGGGAGUGGACGGCUAUGGCAAUGACAAUGGCAAACGCAAUGGCGAAGGUCACGGCAAUGGCGAAGGUCACGGCAAUGGCGAAGGUCACGGCAAUGGCGAAGGUCACGGCAAUGGCGAAGGUCACGGCAAUGGCGAAGGUCACGGCUAUGGCAAUGACAAUGGCUAUGGCAAACGCAAUGGCGAAGGUCACGGCAAUGGCGAAGGUCACGGCAAUGGCGAAGGUCACGGCAAUGGCGAAGGUCACGGCAAUGGCAAUGACAAUGGCUAUGGCAAACGCAAUGGCGAAGGCCACGGCAAUGGCGAAGGUCAUGGCAAUGGACGCGAUUAA